CCCCAUCUCUAGCCACUAUACGAUCCAGCGGAAAGAGAGCGGCUCGAGUUAAACAUUUGAUCGUAGCGGUAAAUUGCACUAAGAUAUUGUAUUCAAUACACAUUCUGCGGCCGACAAUAAACAAUAGCGCGGGUGGUCUACUCAAAGAGUUAAACGGAUUAACUUAAACUGCGUUUUGCUUGCCCGAAUCACCUAUGAACAAAGCCGAAAGGGAGGUGCGCGAACAAAGCUCUUGCCGCCAAACGUGCAGCUGACGAAUUCGGGGAAAUAAACGUGCGCAAUUAUCGCCCGGUAAUAGUCGGAUUUUGCGUAUUAGGUCUCUGGAAAUGGAAAAGUCGCCCGUCCACCCAGUUUCAAUUUGACAUUCGGGUACUAUUUCCUUUUGUUCCAUGUUUCGCUCCCGUCCCGUUAGUUCUAGCUUUUCGUGUCUCUCCUUGUCCUUCGUCGUGAGCAACGCGUUGCCUUCGUGUUUUUGUUUCUUGUGCCGCGACAGUGCGGCGGUGCAGCUUCCUUUGGUGGUGCGAUCACCUGGUCUGCGAAGAGACGGCGAUUAGGGCGGUUCACCCGUGACUAAAUUAUCAAAGUGUACAAAUCAAACAACAAAAAAAUCAAAACAAAAAAAAGAUUUGUAUCUUGGACUCGAAAUUAAACGGAUAACAACAAAGUCAAGAAAGCAAACUGCUACAUCCUGCUCACCGAUUUGCGCUUGUACGUUCCCCUCUCUACUAGUUCAGCUACUGCUACUAGCAACCAACGCCACCAACCAACAGCACCAUCUUCGCGAACGCGUGCCGUGUACAGUGAUAAAGUGUUUAGACUUAGUCAAGUCACCCACAGCAAAACCAACAAAGCGCAAAGAAUGUAUUGUCUAUCAAAUUUGUAUGCAUAUAUGUUUUAAAAGUGAUCAAAGAGAUAUCAAAUAUUUUUGUUGACAUCCAAUGAGAUAAGAUUUAAUCCCUGAGCCUUAGGUGAAUGUCAAAUGCAAAUUUAUUAGAGUGCUCUGACCAAGAAAAUUAAUUUCUAUGGAUAUCCUUCCAAUCGUCACCCAAUUGCCCGAAUUCAAGUGAUUUUGUCUUCCCAUAAAUUAUCAGCGACAGACCUCUUUUAAAAAUAACCAUAUCGGAUAUAGUAUACUUAUUUUUAGUAGUUUUAUAUUCCAUCUUGUUGGUAGCCUUUUUCGGUUCUCAUUCUCUUAUGGCUCUAGUUCCGCGCUAUAAUCAUUUUAAAUAAACAGAAGGUGCCAUUGCUGAAAACGACUCCACAUGUGUGGGUUCCUUUAAAGUGGGUAAGUUUGCACUACGAGGAAAAAGAAAACGUAGCGACCAUGAUGUCCUGCCCCCUUCCCAUGCAAUUACCAAUACCAAUUCCUUCAAUACACAAAUCAGAAUUUGCACCGGUUCACAUUGGAGUUAAGGUAAGGAUCGACGAACAGUAUAUAUAUAAACUGAACUAUUUGCGCGGAAGCGACGAACUUUUGAGUCAAGCAGCAGUCAUGGCGCCCGCUUCCGACAAUAACAAUCAGGACCUGGCCACAAAGAAGGCCAAACUGGAGCCGGGCACCGUGCUGGCCGGCGGAAUUGCCAAGGCCUCAAAAGUCAUCCACUUGCGCAACAUUCCGAACGAGUCCGGCGAGGCAGAUGUGAUUGCCCUGGGCAUUCCGUUUGGACGUGUGACCAACGUGCUGGUGCUCAAGGGCAAGAACCAGGCGUUCAUCGAGAUGGCCGACGAGAUCUCCGCUACGUCGAUGGUGUCGUGUUACACAGUAAAUCCGCCCCAGAUGCGCGGCCGCAUGGUCUACGUGCAGUUCUCAAACCAUCGCGAGCUAAAGACGGACCAGAGUCACAACAACUCGAUCGUCCCGAGCGACUACCGCAUCCAGUCCCCGGCGGGCGGAUCGCCUCUGCCCCUUUGCGCCGCCGCCAACGCGUCCAGCAACAAUGCCAACAGCUCGGGCGACAGCAACAGCAGCGCCGUGGGAAUCUUGCAGAACAACACAAGCGCCGUAAGUGCGGCCGGCAACAACACGAACUCCGCCGGAGGACCUAAUACAGUGCUCCGUGUGAUUGUCGAGUCCUUGAUGUACCCCGUCUCGCUGGACAUUCUGCACCAGAUCUUCCAGCGCUAUGGCAAGGUGCUGAAGAUUGUCACCUUCACAAAGAACAAUUCAUUCCAGGCCCUCAUCCAAUAUCCGGAUGCCAACUCCGCCCAGCACGCCAAGUCGCUCCUGGACGGGCAGAACAUAUACAACGGCUGCUGCACGCUGCGCAUUGAUAACAGCAAGCUGACGGCGCUGAAUGUUAAGUACAACAACGACAAGUCGCGCGACUUCACGAACCCCGCGCUGCCCCCUGGUGAGCCGGGCGUGGACCUCAUGCCAACCGCCGGCGGACUGAUGAACACUAAUGAUCUGCUGCUGAUUGCCGCCCGGCAGCGACCUUCUCUCACAGGUGAUAAAAUAGUCAACGGCCUGGGCGCCCCGGGAGUCCUGCCGCCCUUCGCCUUGGGCCUGGGCACUCCACUGACCGGCGGCUACAGCAACGCCCUGCCCAAUUUAGCCGCUUUCUCGCUGGCCAACAGCGGCGCCCUGCAGACGGCCGCUCCUGCAAUGCGAGGUUACUCGAAUGUCCUGCUUGUCUCGAAUUUAAAUGAGGAGAUGGUCACGCCUGAUGCUCUCUUUACCCUUUUUGGUGUAUACGGCGAUGUGCAACGUGUAAAGAUUCUGUACAACAAGAAGGACUCGGCACUCAUACAAAUGGCGGAGCCCCAGCAAGCUUAUUUGGCCAUGUCUCACCUUGAUAAAUUACGUUUAUGGGGAAAGCCGAUACGUGUGAUGGCAAGCAAACACCAGGCCGUCCAGCUGCCCAAGGAGGGCCAGCCGGACGCAGGACUCACACGUGACUACUCGCAAAAUCCGUUGCAUCGCUUCAAGAAACCGGGCAGCAAGAACUACCAGAACAUCUAUCCGCCGUCGGCGACACUGCAUUUAAGCAACAUUCCGUCAUCCUGCUCUGAGGAUGACAUCAAAGAAGCUUUCACCUCAAACAGCUUCGAAGUUAAAGCAUUCAAAUUUUUCCCGAAGGACCGAAAAAUGGCACUGCUGCAACUGUCGUCCGUGGAGGAGGCUGUUCUGGCACUGAUUAAGAUGCACAACCACCAGCUGUCCGAGUCGAAUCACCUGCGUGUAAGCUUCUCUAAGUCGAACAUCUAGAAUCCGAUCCGAAGUCAGGUUUACUGAACCUGACUGGGUGCCUCCGGCGGGUACAGCUACAUGCAGAUGCAUCAGCAGCAACACCUUCAGGUCUAUUGGCAGCAACAGAUACAAACUAUAAUCCGUAGUACAAGAAGAAUGCACGCAAACUUCUACUGAAAUGGCAGACGCCAGAAGCACUACCCACCCAAUCCAACAGAAUAAUCAGCGGUAACAAUCGAUGCAAGAGCUAUACCAAUUUUAAUCAAUGCAACUCACUCUAAGAACUGUUCUGUUUUAUACACCACCCUCCAGUGGGAAAAGACAAAAACAAUUGAGGAAUCUUACUAAAUUGAUAGAGUAAAAGUCAACUUCAAAUAAAUAUAUAUUUAAACUAUCACGAAAAUAGCAUUUCAAGUUAUGGCACACGCAGACAACAAAACAAACAAGCAACCCACAAACUAACAAUCAGCAACAUCGUAACGUAAGCUUAACUUUAAACCUAUAGUUCGUAAGAAAACUGCAUUGCAUAAAAAAAAAACAACACAAGAAAUAUAUGAUGAGUAGAAAAGAGUUAAGUAUGUUUAAACUUUAAAGUAAAGAGAGAAAGAUCGUAACUUAAAAUAUUUUUAGUGCACUGUACUGUGUUUUGGUUUUAAAAAACGACAGAAAGUCAAAAACAUACGGAAGAGAAAAAUUAUGUUAAAAAUGAAUUAAGGCAAUGUUUUAUUAUGUACAUGAUGCUGUUAUUAUAUUUUAAAUGAAUGCAACUUAACUUUAAUUUUUUACAAGUGCGCAACUUCAAUUGAAGAAAUAGCGUACACGUAGCUCAUAAAUGUUUUAAUUUUGCUAGACCUAAAAAGUAAGAAAGUAUUUAGAAAAACGGUCCCGAAUAAGCACAUCGAGCCCUAAGCAGAUUGAAGUAAAGCAAGGGAAUGUGAAGUAACGUUAAAUGGAAUUUAAGAAAAUUGUAUUAAUUUUAAUAAACCUAUAUAAACAAUAA